UAGAGAAACACUUGUUAUAGAAUUUUCAUUAAAAAUGUUUUUCAAUGUCAGAAUGGCAAGUCAAAUGGGAAUUAACUAUGAAAAAAUCCCGAAUUUUCUUCCUUGUAAAAGUAUAAUUAUUAAAUUUGAACUUUGAGUUCUGAUUCCUCCAUAGCCAAACAAAAUAUUCUGACGUCAUUAUUGAUGUAAUAGUAAAGAAAUAAUAGUGAUUUUGCUUCAUUUUUCUAUGUUUGUUUUUACUUGAAUUGAAAAAUGCCUGUUAAAAAAUACACGCGUUUAAAACUCUGAUCCCCGAUUCCAGUAUAAUCUUGUACGCUGAAAAAUUUCUAACGUUUUCAUAGAGAAAUAUUUUUUGAAAUUGCACACGGCCGCGGCACAAGGGUUCAAUAACACGGAAUCAUAUUAUUUAUUCUCCAUGAACUGUAAAGCUCUCAUACAUGUUGAAACUUGUUCACGCGCUCUUUCCACCAACACUGGGCGCGCUUCUUUUUCAUUCUCCUCACUCCUCACUAGGAAUCGGUCGUGUCGUGACUCGUGACCCCAGGCCUAAACCAAACGAAGUUGCCAAUUUUCAAAACUCCCAGCAGACUUUUUUCGUCGUAGCAAAAGCAAAAAAAUUCUCAAUUUGAAAAGAUGCAGAUUUGGCGUUGUCUGCUUAUGUCCGCCAGCGUCGUGCUGCUGUUCGUCGUUGCCAUCAAGAUCUACAACGACGGCGAACUCGCCCUGCCCGGCACCAUCGAGUGGGACUUGGACGGCAUCAAGGAGGACCUGGACGAUACUUUGCCCGGCCAGGAAGCCAUGUCCACGCAGCUGGUCAACGCUCUGCAAUGGACCACGAAGGAUGCUGAUGAGAUCAAUCAGAAAAACGCACCCCGAGUCAAGGCGAUUUUUCUCCUCGGAGGACCUGGCGUCGGCAAAGCUCAGAUUUUGGACACUGUGUUCGAGCAUGUGCAUUGUCGCUACCACGGAGUCUUUGGCAUUUUUCCAUGCACCCUCAAAAAGCACUUCUACAAUCACUGCAGUGCCUGCACUUGUUCUCCCUGGUUGACUAAAUCUGCAGGCGUCCAUUUCAACUUCGUCCACAUGAACCUCUCUUCCUUCAGCAACAGUGACGCGUCCAUAUUGGCAACUUUCGAGUCUAAACUCCUGACAAAAGACCUGAGCCGCCGAGUGGUUUUCGUUUCUGGACCUGUCAUGAAAAUGAGCCAAAUGAACAAACUCAGCACAAAUGUGACCGAAUACAACCUUUAUCUAGAAAAAAAGGCUGAGCUCAUUGGAAACAUCAUGAAAGCCUCGGCGCCAAGGGUUGCUUUGGAAAUGGUCAAAUUUGAGCCUGUGAGGCACAGCCUUGAAUACUUCAGCCUCAUGGAGGACUACGACGUUCCUUACAAGAUCAACGUGAGAAUUGUUUCAAACAUUUCCCUGCUUUUCAACAUCUCCGUCACCGUGAGAAACAGUUACACCGAGGAGACCGAGGUGAAGGUAAACCUAAACCAAUCCCUACCCCAGAUGUCUACCUAGGAUUCAAAGUAGUCUAGCCUCAAAUUUCAUAUUUUUCAAUUCAAUACACUCUUUCAUAAUUAAUAAAAUGUAUGAAUUGUAAGCUAGAAAAUUUGCCACAGCUAACUUUCUCGACAAAUUAGACGCUGCAGAAACAAGACAAACAAAGACUUAAAAAGUAGCACUAUCUGCAUGUAAAUCUCAAUAAAUUGACUUAAGGCAGAGAUAAUUUUGUCGCAUUUAAUAUUCGUGAAAAAUUAAAA